GGGAGAAUUGUUGAAAAAUUCGCGCCCGAAGAAAUUCGCAGUUAAAUAUGAUUAUUUGAUUUGAAUAAGCUGUAUUUGAAGGAAUGAUCAGAUGGCACGUGACAUUUACCAGAAUUAUGACAGCUAUACAUGUAUAUGCGUAGAUGUGGGUCAGUCCUCUAUUGAUGAUUGACACAGAUAGCUGGAUGUAUUGACCAUAGAUGAUGAUUCCUUCCCAAGCUCGUACCAUUUCAACUUCAAAGUGUUUAUCUCAGAAGUUAAGUAAUUUAUCAAAAACAUGGAAUGGAUCAGAGAACCCAUCUUUAGCAGCCAUUCACUAUUCUCCCAUUAGUAAAACUAUAGCUGUUCCUGUUGAGGGUCGACAUACUGCAAUGAUAGACAAAUCGAAAUACACCAGUGAUAAACAUGGGAGUAUUUUUGUUUCUAAAUACCUCAGAUCGCAGAUAAGAUAUCAAGGAAAUCGUACAAGAACGCACUGUAGAUCAUCCUCAAUAUUGCAGCUAAGAUUGGAGCAAGUUACCAUAUAUGGGCAUACUGAUAAGGAACCAGAAUCUAUACUAAGACAUAAAAGGUCAUAUUGCACCUCACAUAUCGAGGUUGAUGAUAAACUAGUUCAGACAGAUGAAAUUAAGAAAUUUCUGAAGCAGAAUACAAUUGCAGUAGAUGAAGGCUAUACAUGUUUUGUUAUGACGUGUCCAAAGUUUACAACCAAGAGGCUAAAGACGAAAGAAAUUGAUAAACUUUUCAUCAAUAUGAAAACAGGUUAUUUUGUUUGCCAGAGUUGUCACCAGUCAGGAACUUGGUGUCAGUUGAAGACUAACAUUAAUUUACUCCAAAAUCAGGCGAAAUUCAAAAGAAAAAUGGACUGUCUAACGUUUCAAAGUGAGGUUGAGGAGAGAGACACGUCACGAUUGACUGAGAUCUGGCAGGGUGCUACAGAAGUGUCGCAAAGUGAUCCAGAGAAACUUCAGCUAUUGUUACAUAACCUUAACAUUCUUAAAUUGAAACUUCCAGUUUUGCAAAAUUAUAAGGUACGAAUGACACAAGAAGAAGAUGGCCUUGUCUUUCCAUGCUUUAAUACAGAGGGCACAUUGCUAAGUGUUAGAGUCAUGCGCUAUGUUGUCAAUGCAUCUGGUCAGCCCAAGAUUACUGAAAGAACCUUUCCAAGGGUUCCAACUGGUGGUCUGUUCGGGCUUCAAACAUUACGUCACGAUGCAAGUGAAGUGAUUCUGACGUCAUCUGAAUUGGAGACUAUGGCUGCUUUCCAAGAAACGAGAGUUCCCGCUGUGUCACUCACGAAGAAUCUUUCUAGUCUACCCCAGCAUGUGCUUCCACUUUUAGAACAAUUUAAGAAAAUAACUCUUUGGUUUGGCAAUGACCUGCAAAGUUGGGAAACUGCUAAACGUUUCGCAAAAAAGUUGAACUCAAGACGUUGCUAUAUUAUAAGACCAACUGAAGAUAACCCUAGUCCCCUUGAAUCCAUGCGUGUUGGACUCCCACUUCCAACAAUCUACCGCAAUUCCAAACCUUUGAUGCACAAAUCCAUCACGUCGUUCUCCUAUCUUAGACAGGAAGUCUUCAAUGAGAUGUUACACGCAGAAGAGGCUUCUGGGAUUAAGUGGAACAGGUAUCCCGAGUUGAAUAAGCUAUUAAAGGGGCACAGACGAGGUGAACUGACAGUGUUCACAGGCCCAACUGGAUCAGGGAAAACCACAUUCAUUAGCGACUACUCCUUAGACUUGGCUUUGCAAGGGGUGUCAACAUUAUGGGGCAGUUUUGAGAUCAACAACCUGAAGCUUAUGAAAGUUAUUCUCAACCAAUUGUCGGGCUUCAACAUGACGAAAAACCUGGAAAAGUUUGAAGAAGCUGCAGAUAUGUUUGAGACUAUUCCGAUGCAUUUUAUGACGUUUCACGGGGAGGAAAGCAUCACGCGCGUCAUUGAGACCAUGUCACAUGCAGUAUAUAUCCAUGAUAUCGCCCAUGUGAUUAUCGACAACCUUCAGUUUAUGAUGGGGUCAACCACAGGGACAUCUAUGGACAAGUUCCAGAAGCAGGAUCAGAUUAUAUCUGCAUGCAGGAAAUUUGCGACUAAUAUGAACUGUCAUAUAACCCUCGUUAUACACCCCAGGAAAGAAUCAGACCAUGAACUUCUGACUACAGCUUCCAUAUUUGGUAGUGCAAAGGCGAGCCAGGAGGCUGACAACAUCAUGAUACUGCAAGACACGAGGAUGUCGUCAGCCAGAGGAAAAAAGUUCAUACAGGUUACGAAGAAUCGUUUCGAUGGUGAGUUGGGGACGAUGGUGCUUCAUUUCGAUAAAGAGUCUCAAAGUUUUUCCAGAAAGUUUCGUCAAAAACGGGAGGAAGAACUAAAAAAGAAAGAUGAACAAAGAAAGAAAGCUGAAGAACAAAUUGCUGUGCCAAAUGAAAACCAUGAUCAAACUGAAAUUAAAAAUGAAACUGAAGUAACUGAGAAAUCUGAAGAUUAACAAAGCACAAGAUAUAUAUUGGAUGUAUAUAGAAUUAGAUGGGUCUAAAACUGCUUGUAAUUUCACAAAGGUGCUUAAAUCCAAAGUU